AUGUCGCAUAUUUAUCGUAUUAUUCUUGCUAUUUUUAUUGUUUCACAAACAAUAAAUGCAGGUUUCUUUGAUAAAGAAGGUCUUAUUCUUAUACCAUCAGUUGCUUUUCGAGAUCGUUCAUCACCAAAUGAUUGGAAUUUACAUGCUCAAGGAUGGUAUUAUGAAGAAAAUCCUGUACAAGCAUUUUUAAUGGAAAAAUCUUUAGAACUUGUCGUUCGAAAAGAUUUAGAUCGAAAUCGUGUUAAAAUGUUUACUGCUGAAGGUGAAGAUGGCGAACAAAUAUGUAUUAAUGCCCUUAGUCGAUCGAUGUGUACUAAAACAGACAAGGAAGGACGUAUUAAAAAUAAUUUCAAACUAACAAAUCAAGAAAUUGAAACACUUCGUCAAGUUAGUAGUGGUGGUGGUAAAGUAUUAGUUGACGUAGGAGUACAAAAGAAAAAUCUUAAAGGAAUAAAUGAAAUAUUAUUAUGUGAUGAUAAUGGUCUAACAUUUAUAAGUGAUAUUGAUGAUACAGUUAAAAUAACUGAAGUAACAUCAUCAACACAAACACUUAUUAAUACAUUUAGUGGUGAUUUUAAAGCUGUUGAAGGUAUGGCAGAAAUUUAUCGUCAUUGGGAAAAACAAUAUAAUGCAACAUUUGCAUAUUUAACAGCAUCACCUGAUCAAUUAUAUCCAUUUUUAAGAGAAUUUUUUGAUCGUGAACAAUUUCCAAUUGGUUCAGCACAUAUGAGACAUUUUACAUGGCUUGAUAAAAAUUUUAUAACAUUUUUUAUGUCAUCAAGUUAUAUGUCAAAGAAAACUGAAACAUUAGAAAUGUUUUUAAAAAAUACACUUAAUCGUAGAUUUGUUUUACUUGGUGAUGUUUUUCAAAAAGAUCCCGAUAUAUAUGCAGGUAUUUAUGGUCAAUAUCCUGAUCGUAUUGAAAAAAUUUUUAUUCGUAAAUAUGAUAAUGAUGUUGUUGGACAAGAACGACUUGAAACAGUAUUUAAAGAUGUACCACGUCAUAAAUGGGCAACAUUUGAAAAAGGUUCUGAUUUACCACGAAAUAUUUUUUAA